UUCAACACACAUAAAUCACAAGAUAUUACUCUCUCUUUCUCUCUCUAGGUGUUGUGAGAGUACUGAAAUCAAUGGCGUCACGGGACAACAAGAAGGCAUCAAGCAGUCGAGCUGGCAGAAUCCGCACACUUUCCGAUCUCAACCGACCAUCUGCUGAUUCCGACAGUGACUCCGAUGGUCCUCAGGAGUAUUACACCGGCGGUGAAAAAAGUGGAAUGCUUGUCCAGGACCCUUCAAAAGGAAAUGAUGUGGAUGCAAUUUUCAACCAAGCUAGGCAACUUGGAGCUGUAGAAAGGCCUCUGGAUCAGCUUCAGGAACCUCCAAGGUCAACAAGCUUUACUGGAACUGGCAGGUUACUCUCUGGGGAUACUGUACCGACAGCUUCUAACUCUCAACAACCUGAGUCUGUUGUUCACAACAUUGUUUUCUGGAGUAAUGGUUUCACCGUAAAUGACGGACCUUUGAGGAGAUUGGAUGAUCCUGCAAAUGCCUCAUUUUUGGAGAGCAUUAAAAAGUCUGAAUGCCCUAAAGAGCUUGAGCCUGCAGAUAGGAGGUCAGCUGUAAAUGUAAACCUCAUAAGGAGGAAUGAGAACUAUCGUGAACCGGAAAGGAGCCAAGCUUCAUUUCAGGGAGUGGGAAGAACACUUGGAAGCAGUUCGGCUUCAAUGGAACCUGAGACAAAUGUUGCCUCGACAACGCCUCCCACCUCAGCUCCAACCCCUUCUGCUGGUCUUGUGGUUGACCAGUCAUUGCCAUCAACCUCAAUACAACUCAGGCUAGCUGAUGGAACCCGCUUGAUAUCACAAUUCAAUCAUCACCACACAAUCGGCGACAUCCGUGCCUUCAUUGAUGCGUCUAGACCUGGGGGUCGGCAGAAUUAUCAACUUCAGAUGAUGGGGUUCCCCCCAAAGGUUCUGGCUGAUGAGACACAGACUAUAGAGCAAGCAGGAUUGGCAAAUUCAGUUGUCAUACAGAAAUUUUAACAAGCUUCUGCUUCAAAGUCUUGUCAUUACUUGCUAUAUGCUGCAUAGAAAUGAUAAACAAAAACAAAUAGGAAACCCCAUGUUUUGAGGGAAUAUCUUAUUUUUGUGACUUAAACUUUAUCAUGUACUCUGUUUGCUUUAGAUUCAGUUGGGUGGCUUAGCUUUGGACUUAAUUCUGUGUUAUGAUAUUUAUUUAAUUUUGAUCAAAUGUGUUAUAUGAUUGUGCCGUGUCUUCGUAAUGACUGGAUUUGAUAUUUGGGUUGA